AUGCGGUUAGAAGAUUGGCUGGAUGAUCUGUGUGUCCGCUUCAUUAUCAACCUUCCUCGCGAAGAGCUUGAGUCGGUCGAACGGAUCUGUUUCCAAGUUGAAGAAGCGCAAUGGUUCUACGAAGACUUCAUUCGUCCGCUUGACCCGGCGCUACCGUCAAUGAACUUGAAGACCUUUGCUAUGCGCAUUUUUCAGCAUUGCCCACUUAUGUCAUCAUGGUCCCAUUACCACCACUUGGCUGCUUUUCAGGAAUUCCUCGAUUACAAGACACGCGUGCCGGUCCGUGGUGCAAUCAUGUUGAACCACGACAUGGACGAGGUCGUUUUGGUUAAAGGCUGGAAGAAGGGUGCCAACUGGAGUUUUCCCCGUGGUAAAAUCAAUAAGGGCGAGAAAGAUCUUGACUGUGCUAUUCGUGAGGUCUAUGAAGAGACUGGAUUUGAUAUUCGCGACGCGAACUUGGUUAAGAACGAAGACGACGUCAAAUUCAUCGAGAUUACAAUGCGAGAGCAGCAUAUGCGACUGUACGUCUUUCGAGGUUUGCCCCGUGAUGCUUACUUCGAGCCGCGCACUCGGAAGGAGAUCAGCAGGAUUGAGUGGUACAAGCUUUCGGAGCUGCCAACGUUAAAGAAGAAUAAACAACAUGAUGAAGGACUCGCAGUCGCAAAUGCGAACAAAUUCUACAUGGUUGCCCCGUUCCUCAGUCCACUGAAAAAGUGGAUUGCGCAGCAGAAGAAGCUUGAUGCGAGAGCCCAGCCUAACCAGGUUUCACAGGCCGAGGGGUAUCUUUCUGUGGAUGAAAAUGGCCAUGCCAAUGGCACUCCAAUGAUGUCUCUUGCUGACAUGGCUAUUCCAAGUGAGCUUCCUGAGGUGAGCUCAGUGCAAGAUGCUUCAGAUCACCUCAAGCGCCUUUUGAAGAUCGGGCCCGCACCUGGGCAGGUUCAUACACCAGGCCUCGAGCCAGUUCGUGCUUCUGCUGUUGACCCAUCUAAAGCAAGCGAACUUCUUGCCUUGUUGCAGCGUGGGCGUCAAGAGGCGUCCGCUCAGGAUUCUCUCAAUAAUUCCAUGGCGCCACCCAACGUAUCUCAGUCCAAUGUCCAAUCCGCAGAACAACGGCCUCAUCUGGGCCCGAAUUUCUUCCCCGGAUUCCCCCAGCAGCAACAGAACAUGGGUCCCUCUCCUUUCAUGCGGCAGAACUCGACACCGUUCCACACUGUUCCCUCCCAGCCUCAUAUCCAGCAUUCUGCGAAUGGUCCACAGGUUCUUCCGGGCACUGCAUUCCAGAAUACCACACCCAAUUGGUAUCCUAAACCCAACGCGAUACCCCAAUUCCCUCAAGACAGCAGUUCUUCUCAAUAUCAGCAUCAUAAUCAACCUGCCAUGGCCCCUGGUCUUAUGCCCCCUAGCAAUAUGCCCGCGCCAUUUCAACGGACGGGAGACCCCGAGUUCUCUGAAUCUGCUCAGUUAUCUCAAACCCGGGGCCCAGUCGUCCCGCCGGCGAGCAAGUUACCUCCACCUAAGCUCACGAGUCAUUCUCUAGCACUUCUAGAAGUCUUCAAGGUUAAGACCCCCAAGGGCCCAGGACCAGCUAGUCUGGCGGCUCCCACACAGGGCUCUUCCCAGGUCCCUGCGACAUCUCAGCAUCAGGAUAGUCUUUUGGGUUUGCUCAAAGGUUCCCAAACUGCCCGCGUUUCUGAACCAGCGGAAUUGUUAGGUAAGCCUGUUGUGCCCUCUGCAGCGCCUUCAGAGAAGCAGAUUCUUCAGCGCCCUCGCAAUCACCACAAUCAGCCCACGCACCAGCCUGGUGCAGUGAAGAGGCUUCCGGGGGCGGGUCAGACAUCGGCUACCGUGUCUGGACCAUUGAACACGCCCCAAUUUGAAACAUUUUCCAAACCACAUAGGUCAAACAGUGGAACGAACCGAAAGAACCAUGUGAACAGACGAGAACAACCACCGUCACAGCCGCUAUCCUCACCGAUUACUAUUCUACCGCGUCCUCAUUCUGCCAAACGGGAGGUAUCCUCGUCGAGGCCCGCUUCACAAGCAACACAGGUUCCGCCUGCGAAAAUGCCCGAAGCGCCUGAGCCUAUUAAGAAUUUCCAACCCCAGAUUCUGCGUCGAUCUGAAAAAUCUGGAUAUGAAGCAUUGAUGGCGGCAGCGCCUCAGUCAGAGGCAAUUGAACGCAAAUUGAGUUUGCCAGGUGUUGAAGCCAACACCCCAGGAUUGGCCCCACAGGGCAACUUUGACCGUCGGCCGAGUCAAACUGCUGAACAGAAAGCUUCACUUUUAUCUCUCUUCAGCAAGGCACCUGUCUCUCCGUCGCCUGUUCUCGCGACCCCGUUCGACGCCCGAGCCGUCAAUCAGCAACCGGCACCAUUCUCAGGGUUUGUCAGCCCGAUUUCGUCCCGUCAGCGUCCGAGCAGCGGAGAUAUCUCUCGUCGUGGUACGCCAUCCGAUAGCGGUGCACAAAUCAAUGGUCAACAUGUCUCCUCUCCUAGCAACAAGGCGUUCUUGCUUGGUUUCUUGGAGGGAGUGGCCAAGGGCAAUAAGUAG